AUGGGACAAACACUCAGUGAGCCGGUUACGACGAAGGAAUCGUCGGUAUGCCAAUCCAAGCUGUACAAUGUUGCUUCUUGUGCUAUGCAAGGAUGGAGAAUUUGUAAGUUUCUUUGCUGACUUCUUUGAAUUUUUAUUUAUAAACAGAUUCGGAUCAUCUGAUAAGUUUCUAAUGUUACAUGAUAAUAAAGUACGGCUUUCUUGAUUUGUAGAAAUUAAUAACGCAUUUAUAAUUUGUCUUAAAAAUUAAUAUGAAGAGUUUUAAAAUUGUGUUUUAAUGUGAUGUUUUAGCUAUGGAAGAUUCUCACACACAACUCUUGAGUUGCCCUGAUGAUGAAAAAGCCGCUUUCUUUGCCGUUUAUGAUGGCCAUGGUGGUGCACGAGUUGCCCAAUUUGCUGGAAUGCAUUUACACAAACGUGUGGUUGGAAACGAGGAUUUCGGUAAGUUAAUAGUUUUUACCUAAAGUUUUAUUAACAGCAUUAUUACACUUUUUUAGACAACGUAUAUAUUUCUGAAGGUAUUUGAUUCUAGGACUGUAUGUUUAAGCUUUUAAUGUAACUUUCAUAACAAUUCCGUUUUAGCUAAGGGCGAUAUUGCCUCGGCCAUCCGAAACGGUUUCCUCAAGAUUGACGAAGAUCUGAGGAACGAUGAAGAGACGAAGGAACAAAUGUCAGGAACGACGGCUGUUACAGUACUGAUCAAGGACGGCAAGAUUUACUGUGGAAACGCUGGAGAUUCGAGAGCAGUUCUGUGUGAACAAGGAAAGGCCAUUCCAUUGUCUUUUGAUCACAAACCAACGAAUGACGAGGAAACACAACGUAUCGUCGCUGCCGGUGGAUGGGUCGAAGCGGGGAGAGUUAAUGGUAAUCUCGCUUUAUCUAGGGCUCUUGGUGAUUUUAUCUUCAAGACUGGAGAACAUAUUAAACCAGAGGAACAAGUUGUUACAGGUACGGCUGUUUUUAUUUAUUUGGUAUAUUUUUUGUACUACUUUAAUGAGAAACAGGAUUUUUAAGGUUAAAGUUAUCUAAUUUUUCGUUUAGCAUAUCCGGAUGUAGUUGAAGUUGAGUUGACACGGGACCAUGAAUUUAUUGUCCUCGCUUGUGAUGGUGUUUGGGACGUUUUGACAAAUGAGCAAGUGGUUUGGUUUGUACGAAACCGAUUGGCUUCAGGAGUCACUCCUGACAAGGUAAUUCAGCUUUAUCUUCUUUUUUUAAAUAAGUUUAGUAUUUUGUGAUUUAUAAGAUGUAUUGGUUACCUUUAUCUUUUACCUUUUAUUAUUAUUAUAUAUAAAGCCUUUAUUUAGAUCUGCGAAGAAUUGCUGAACCGUUGCCUAGCUCCAGACUGCGAGAUGACCGGAGUUGGCUGUGACAACAUGACAGUAGUAUUAGUUUGUCUGUUGCAAGGUGACACACCUGAAGAAUACCUGGAACGAGUGAAACGCAAGUCGAUUGUUGACGAGCACGAGUUUGGAGAACUGUACCAGAAACCCCCAGGUGGAAGUAUGCCGAACUCAGAAGCCGAACUUCUGAAAAGCAUUCAACAGCAAAUCACGAUGCAAUUGAUAGGACGAAUGGAUGACUACGGCUUGGAUGAUGCAGGUGACAGUCAUUCCCACGAAUCUGAUGACAUUCAAGAAAUAGAUGACGAAGACACUGACAAGAAGGAGGAGAAGUCAGAAGAGGAGGAGAAGAAGAGCAAAGAAGAUUUUGUGACACCGUCACAGUCGCCAGAAUCCGUCGAAGACAAGAGUUCAGCUCAAACCCUCGGUAGGUAUUCUCAAGUUAUAAAUGAUAUUGCUUAUAUUUAUUUUGUACUAUUUUGAAUAAUAUGUAUGUUGUUUUAGGUGACGAUGCUCCUCCAUCAGAGUUCAUGGUGCCAGCGGCCGCCAUUAAAGACGACACGAAAAAGGAAUGA